AUGGGCAAUUGCCGAGCAAAGCCGAUCAAAUUAAGUGGCGAAGAAACGAAUGAACUCUGCCAUCAGACAGGAUUCACUCGAGCUCAAAUUCAUCGCUUACAUGAGCGAUUCUAUCAUCUUGACAAGAGAGGACAGGGCUUUUUGGAACGAGAUGAUUUCUUUGAGAUUCCCGAUCUGGAAAUCAAUCCGCUUAGUGAUCGCAUCAUCGAUGCAUUCUUUGCUGAAGUGUAUACUUUACCUUGGAGUCAAACUCCGAAAGUAUUAAGUCAGCUACGUUUGUCUGAGAUUCUAAUUCAGUCGGGUAAUAUCAUGAAGUUAAGGCUUUUUUCACCACAAAAUACUUCUUUCAGACGAGAUCCUGAGAAAGGAAUGUCGCUCACUGAAUUUGCAAAUGUUCUGGCUCACUUUAGGCCCUGCAAAGAGCCUAUGAAAGAUACGAUAAACUCUCGGGAGCAGAAACUCAAAUUUGCGUUCGCCAUGUAUGAUCUGAAUAAGAAUGGAUUCAUUACACGUUAUGAAUUCAAGAUUAUUUUAACGAUGAUGAUCGGACCGAGUAUCGACGCUGAACAGCUCGAAUCAAUAACAGACAGAACGAUUACAGAGGGCGAUUACGAGAAGAAUGGGAAAAUCUCGUUCGAUGAGUUUUGCCGGGUAAUUUUACCACCUUUGUUGGAUGAGAUUAGCGAUACAGCUGUGAGAUCGUUUUAA